GUGCUAGCAUGGUCAUCAAACCGUCCUCUCAGGGUGUAGAUGGCCGUGAUACUGUUAAAAGUAGUGGUAUUCCUGUUCGUCAAAAACGAAGUUCCAUCACAUUCGACAGUGGUUUGAGAAAACGCCGGAAAUUCGAAACUUCUGAAGGCCCUCAUUCUCCAUUAUCACAACUAGGUGGACACACAAAGCAGAUUAGAAACAACGUUACAACAUCUACUGUUCCAGGUACUGCUCUCUUCCUCGGUGUUGGAGAUACUGGUCAACUUGGUUUGGGACCAGAUGUAACAGAACGCUCAAGACCUGCGCUCCCAAGUGCUACAAGUCUUGGUGCGUUACAAACAACUAAAGAAAAUUCUUUUUCGUAUUUCACACAAAUAUGUUGUGGGGGCAUGCAUUCUGUCUGCCUGACAACUAAUGGUACUGUUGCUACCUGUGGUUGCAAUGAUGAGGGAGCUUUGGGUAGACCAACGGGUAUGGAGUCUGGAUCCUAUGAUUCGUCUCCAUGCGAUCGCAGUGGUCCUUACCCUAUUGUAGAUGAGUGUCAUCUUGGACUUAUACCGUUUCCAACGAAGGUGAAGAUAGUUAUGGUUUCCGCUGGUGAUAGUCAUACUGCAGCCUUAGAUACCAAUGGUCAGGUAUGGUUGUGGGGAACGUUUCGAGGAGCUAGUGGUCCUAUAGGACUUACACAACCUGGGGAGAUUUGUUCAACUCCGCGACUGUUACUAGCUUAUGCUAUGAACAGUCCCAGUGAGCACAAUGAUGGUGUUUCAAACAAUGAAUCCAAGUUAUCUAGUCGAUCAACAAAUACAGCGCUUUUAACUUCUAGUACACACGUAGUAAAAAUUGCUUCUGGACAAGACCAUUUGGUUUGUCUGACAGAUGAAGGUCGUCUCUACACUAUGGGAUGUGGUGAACAAGGUCAACUGGGUCGUGUUGCUGAACGGUUUGCUAAAGAUGGUGGUCGUUCAGGGAUUAGCUCAUUACUUCAACCUACUGAAUGUCGAGUUCGUGGGGCCGUCCGUUUUUCCGAUGUGUGGGCAGGAGGUUUUGCUACAUUCGCUCGUUGUCAAAUGACUGGUGCUAUCUAUGCCUGUGGUCUAAAUAAUUAUAGUCAGCUAGCAUUACGCGAUACAACCGGUCAUGGAAAAUCGCUUUCAUGUAAUUCUACGGAAGAGUUUGUUGACAUCGAACUGAAUAUGGCUGAGAAUGCUGAAAAGUUAGUAACUGAUCGCCAGGAAGCUGACAGGUCGGAGGCCCAGCUAGUCGCUCGGCAAGGUCCCCUUAUUCAGUUCAUGUUAGUUCGAGCAUUUGGAUUUGAUCCGGAUCAAGAUUGGCGUCAGUUUGCGAUCGGUAUGCAUCAUACACUGGCUUUAAACCAUCUUGGUCAUGUGUACGCUGUUGGUCGACCAGAUUACGGUCGUCUUGGUUUGGGGUGUGAUUUGAAGGGAUCGAAAAUUUCAGUGAACAAACCUACACGAGUGCUUGGUGCACUUAGUGAGUGUGUCUGCUCAUGGAUCGGUUGUGGAGAAGUAUGUUCAUUUGCGGUUGAUACUAAAGGUCUUGCUUACUCUUGGGGUAUGGGUAGCAAUCAUCAACUUGGACAUGGAGACAGUGAAGAUGACUGUUGGGAACCAGAGUUGAUGGUGGGGAAACAACUAGAAGAUCGUCGAGUUUUAAUGGUUGACGCUGGUGGUCAACAUACUGUUAUGCUAGCUUGCUCUGCUACUCAGCCAAAAGUGAUUGAUACUGAGGCAGAUAUUGUGAUGGGUGAUUCUAAUCAGCUUCCAAAUGGGACGAACAAAUCUCCUGAAGCCGAAAAACAUGAUGAGGAAAUGUCAGAAGUGAUGUGUGGUCCACUUUCUAAUAAUAAUGUAGAGCCACAUCAGCAAAGUGUAGAAUUAUCCAAAGAUCUUAAGGUGUGUGAUUCUUCCGCUGAUACAUCAGUAGAGCGUAUUUUGAUUCCACCUAUUGGACCUGGUGCCCCACAAAGCAAGCGAAACCGACGUGCAAGUCCUUCAUCUGUAACUGGAAGUACCGGGACGACGUUGUUAACUCCUGUUGGGUUUAGUUGUGAAAGUACAACAGGAAGUACAGCAGGGGCCACAAUCAAUAGCAGCGUUCAUAGUUCUGCUGUUUCUGAUACUUGCUCCGUUGGAUCAUGUGCAUCGACAAGUAGUACAAGUAGUCAGUUGAAUAGUGCUAAAAGUACCGAUGGUGGUGGAAGUAGCCGAUGUAGUUCUUUUGACAAUUACAGUGUACAGAGUAGUUUAUUGUUAGUACCAUCCACAGAAGAUAAAUCCCGUAAAGGCACAUGAUACCCUGUCCUUAUUUUCAGUAUUUUAAAAAAUCUACUUGGUAUUAUUAUUUUCAUUAAUCCCUAAGGUUAUUUAUGAUACGUAGUAUCAAUUAUAGUCAUUUUUCAAACUGCUCAAAUUUAUUUCAUCUCUAACCUUGUGGUUAUACAUAUUCAUCGUCUUUUAGUUUACUGUUUUUGUGGAGAAUUUCCAUACUAAAUUUAUCCCAUGUGAUGUUUUGUCUUGGUUUUAUUUCUAAUAAUGGUCACAAUUUGUAAGAAAUUAAAGAUGAACUUACUCUUUAUGUAAUCGAUUGUUUCCAGACAACUUUCACUCAAACUAUUUCAGGCAACUAACUGAUUAACUCACCUAUUCGUUUUAUAUGUAUAAUGUUUAUUUUGUACACUACAUCUAUUUGUAUAAUUUAAUCUUUGUUAAACAUUUGGGAAAUAAGAAAAACUUUAAAUAUCCUAAUGUAUACUUUAAAUGUUAACCUAAAGUUUGUUUUUGUGAUUGCUUGUAUGUAUGCUUAUGUAAUUAUAUUAUAAUAACAAUCCAUAUUCAUUUCAACG